AUCGUUGGACCGUCCCGUGUGUCGUGUUGUUGUGAUGGCCGUGGCAGGAUGGCCGGGGCCGCGAUGUACCUGUCCCUCUGCUCCCUCUUCACGCUCGCCGCCGCCUUCCACACCGCCCUCAACAUCGACGAGAUCAAUUCCGUUCACUAUGCGAUCGACAUACUCAACAAGCCUGUGAUAAAGGACCAGGUAAGGGAAGAUGAGGUCAUGACUGUGGUGAAUAGGUAUGGCCAGGAAUACCUCUGCUUCCUGCCUGCCGUAGGGCCUCUGCACCCAGAGUACAAGCAUGACGAUGACAUCUUGGACCAGCUGGUUGACAUCUCAGUCCUCUUGAAGCCUAUGGAGACAGCACCAUGCCUCAUCAAAACAGUGGAUUGGUGGACCUAUGAGUUCUGCUACAGCUCUGUCAUCAAGCAGUACCAUCUUGAGGACAACAAAGCCUCUGGACCCAUCAUCAUCUUAGGCAAAUACGAGUCUGAAUACAACUGGAAAAAUAGUUCAGAGACAAAAAACCGCUUGCAGAGGUUUCAUAGCCAGUUCUACGUGAAUGGCACAAAAUGUGACCUAACAGGGGAGUCACGCCGCACUGAAGUUAGGUUUCACUGUGAAGAUGGUGUUGGUGACUAUAUUCAGCGAGUAGAUGAACCUGAGUCGUGUCGCUACGUUGUGACGGUGGCCACAACCAGGGUGUGCCACCACCCAUACCUGAGGUUGCAGACAGCACGUUCCCCUCACAUCAUCACCUGUGCUCCUGCCCUCUCUGAGGACCAGUACAAUAAAUACCUUCUCUUCCAAGAGAAAAAAAUUAAGGAAGAGCAAGAGCUGGAAAAAAAAUUAUUCCAACAGAAUGCAGAAAUUCUUCAGGAAACAAGAAUGGAGGAAGGAUCAUCCCUUCUUCAGCCAGCCUCCACUCAAACCCAGCAAGAGGGAGAGGAUGAGGAUGAUAAUCUUAAGAUGAACGUAAAAAUCUUCAGAGUAUCCCCUCCGAACAAGCACAAAGCCAAACACACCAGGGACACCAAGGAGGACCUGGUAGAGGUGGAGACACAGAUCACUUUGGAAGAAGAGGCUGAUACACACCUGAAACCAGAGGACAUGAAGGUUCCACUGGGGUCCAAGGAGGGGAUGGGCGGCACAGGGGAUGGGGAAAGCACCCAAGGAGGUACUGAAGGAGAAGAGAUUGUCAAGAAGCUGGAGGACACCCUUGGGAACACAAUGGGAGGUGACGGCCACAGUCUCAUCUCCAACCUCAAGCCUCACAAGCUGCUGCAGCUCUUGGAUCCGACAGAGCCUUACAUUUCUGAGGCUGAAGAGCUUGAAGAUGAGACUGAAAACGAGGAUGAAUUAGAAGAAGAGAUGGAUGAGAAUGAAGAUUAUGAUGAGGAUGAAGAGGGUGGCACAGGCCUGGAAGAGAUGGAGGCAUUGUGGCAAGCCUCCAAGUCCACUAAGAGGGACCAUUUCUCCAAGCUGCAAAAGAGACUUCGUCAGCUCGGGAAAAUGUUCAUCAAUCAAGGAGUGGCAGGAGCCCGAGAUGCUGAGACUGACAAAAUAGCUGAGUUUCGGAAGAUGGUAGACAACAUCAAGGAGGGACACAUAAAGCAGCUGGAACAGGAGGUCAAUGACUGGAAUGAUAAGAUCCUUAGUAAGAAGGAGAUGCAGGAGACUGACCAGGCACUGGAAGAAGAAGAGCAGAAGCUGGGCACUGCUCUUUCCUCCUUUAUGAAGGCCCUUGAUGUGGCAGAGGAUAAACUCUCUAGGGUAAAGAAGGAGAUGGAGGUUUUAGAGGACUAUCUUGACCAUCAGUUAAAAGAGAUGGAGGACACAGUAUCAGAUGAAUCCAAACCCUCCUCUCAGUCUGAGUCCACCCCCCAGGACCAGGCAGGCCAGGACUCAGAGGGCCCCAUGGAAGGGAUGCCCCCUUCCCUUCACAGUUCAGAGGAACCCUUGAAAGUAUCAUCAUCCUCUCCUCCCUUUCCUGCCUCCUCCUCCUCUGCUCGCCUCUCAGGUGGAACCCCUCAUCCCCUCUUCACCACACAUCGGGAGAGGCUCACUAAGCGCAGAGGCCGCAAGCUUCCUCGCACUAAUAUAGGAAGCACAGAAACCACUUCCAAGCACAUCAAGGAAGAAACUGAUAAGGUGGAGGACGAUAGCCAGCAGAAGCGCCUUUCCAAGACCAAGAUGGAGGAUGAGUCACAGAAGACCAAACUGGAACAAACCAUCAAAGAUAAGCUUCAAAAGCUUGGCCAUGAGAAGAUAGGGAGGAAGUUUGAAGUAAAAAUACUGACUCCAAACUCCUUAGAGGAUGAAGACUCCACCAGCUCCAUGCUCUCCCAGGAGGAGGUGGAAGCCUUCCAGAAUAUGAUUGUUAACUUGCUUAGUGCAAAUGCUGAAGAGUUAGAGGAAAGAGAAAAUCACCGAAAGUUAGAGAAGAAUUAUGGAUUCGUCUGGGAUGACAGUCGGCUUACAGAAGAGGAAGAGAACUAAUUAUAUAUAUAUAUAUAUAUAUAUAUAUAUAUAUAUAUAUAUAUAUAUAUAUAUAUAUAUAUAUAUAUAUAUAUAUAUAUAU